AUCUGUCCGCCCAGUGUUUGUCGAGGGCAGCUUUUUUUUCAGUGACAUUUUUGACAGAGCGUGGUUGAUCGCACAGCAAGACUCUCUAGUAGUUGUGCUGCGGGAGGGGACGUGGUUAUCUGCACUGGGGCUGGCUGGUAUUGCCCUGGACGAGCACAGCAGGACCCGAGUGGACGUGUCGUUCCCUUGUAGUCGUUAGCUCCGCGGGAGGAUCUCUAGUGCAGAGAUCAAGAGCUGGUGUUCUGAGAGCUACUGCUGUGCUGCUUGAGCAAGACGGAUCGCUAGGAAUGAUGAUGCCCGCUUUCAAGUUGAGCACGUCGUCUCGUGUGCUGAUCGUUGCACUGUUGUCUCUACUCUGCGUGGACGUCAGUAGCGCCCUGAUUUGUCAUUGUAACGAUGCGAGUAUAUGCGGUUCCAGCGCCACGACCUGCAGUGUAGCGAACGACGGCAAAGCUGCUUGUCUGACGCACGUCUACGACAAUGGUACGCAGUUCACUUUGCUCUGCUCCGCCGCAGGCAGUGAGUGUCCGAGAGCUGGCGAUCCUGUGGGAGACGAAGGCACAUACACGCUCUGCUGUCGGUCCAACCUGUGCAACGAUGGAGAAGUUAAUGUCAUGACUGCGCCGCAUGCUCCCGAGCCAAUCAAUGUACCACCGAGGUCGGAGGGAAAGCUGCGCUGCGACUGUCAAGUCCACGACUGCAAGGAUGACGCAGCGACGGGCAAGCGGAAGAAAGCGCACUGCGUGGUGCGCGACGGCUGGUGCGCCACCAAGACAAGGGUAAACCCGCUCUCGGCCAUAUUUGGCAGGAACCUGCCACCGCAGACCAUCCGCUACUGCACGACAGACUAUAGCGAAUGUUCGGCGGGGUUCCAAGGAGAUUCCAACGUGCUUUGCUGCAGUAACAGACGCUUUUGCAACGAGGGCCUCAGUCCUAGUCUAUCGGCUGGGGAUUUGCAUCGUAUUCCCACCGACCCAAGAGAUAAUCCGAAAGUAUCACCCAUUACCACCCAGCCACCCAGGGAGGACCCUACGGAAGUGAGACGAGUGUGGUGCCACUGCACGAAUCCAGUGCAGUGCAAUGAAACCUUUCCCUUCUGCCAAACCUCCGGCGAAUGCCAGUACAAGCCGAGUAUGGUGCGCGGCCUCAAGCCGAUUAUGCAAUGCGUUGAGCCAAAGAACUUUCACCUGUGUGUACCCGGGGCGCCAUGCUGCACGGAGCACUGCUGCAAUGGCCAGGGUCUAUGCAAACCGAUCAGCACAUCAACAGAUGAGGGCCCCACAACACAACACCCUGAGUACGACUGCCACUGCCACAACUGCAUACAGAACUACCGCUGCCCGAGCCGCCAUGGUUGCUUCUUCCGUUACAACAACGUCACCAAGGAAACAGAGCAGGACUGUCUCCGCGACGAGCACAGCGCUCUGGUUUCGUGCACGCCGACGUUUUCACGCACUCGUCACCUGACAGAAUACUCAAGGGUCGUUGGCGACGUGCAUUUCUACUGCUGCCGAGGGCACAACUGCAACGAGAAACAUCCUGCAUUUCCCGAUGUUGUUGGCCAGAAGAGACUGGUAUGCGCGUGCAGUGGUGAGCGAUGCACGCAGGCAAUAGACAUCUGCGCCACCACUCUGGACGGCGGCCAUUGCUACAGUGGCAGCGAGGGACAGUUCUGUCUGGGACCGGAUGACCAUGAGGGAGAGCAUCUGAGGCUCUGCUCCGGAAAUGCUACCUGCUGCAAUAGCAACUUCUGCAACAAGAAUGCCACGUCUGGUCCAAGCAUAGUAGCUACGACCUCACCAAGUCAGUCAACCACACGACUCCCGAUCACGACAUCGACAAGUCAAGAGACUAGCAACAGUGGCAGCCGCGUCACGAACAAAUACGAAUCGCUCUUCAUCAGCGUGUCCAUAUCCAUUGCCAUGGUGAUGUGCGUGGCCAUAAUAGUCGUCGUCAUGGUGUGCAAGCAUCAGAAGUCGGCCAAGGAGGCGCGACAGCAGCGACUCAGCAAGUACCGCCGAAAGCCGCCCAUCAACCUACCCACAAGCACAUUUGACGCGAUGCCGGUGAUGCAUCAACUGUCGGCAUGGCAGCACCAGCAGAUGCAGGCCAGUCUCUCGAUAGACAGCGCCGACUGCCAGCCGCUGCAAAGCGGCGGCGGCGCAGGGGCAGCGACGGCAAACCGAUCUGCCAGCACCACAUCCACAUUGAUGACGGACACGGGCGGCAAUGGCUCGCAGUCGACGACGGAAGGUUCGCCACCGCACACCGUCGACAAUCGGCACAGCAGCGCUCUCAGUGCCCAGGAGACAUGCAGCCCUGAGCAGCCGCAGCGGGAUUGUUACAGCCCUGCAGACCGACAACAAUCUCCAUCUCCUCACUCACAACCAGCAGUGACCAAUUAUGCGGGACACGAUGUGGAAGCAGCAGACGACUCCAUGCUCUGAUGCACUCAGGGGUUUUCAGACCAUUCGUGACGAUCAGUACUCACUUAACGCAGUACGUACACGAGUGUGUCUGUGUAGGUGAGAGAGGGGAAGGUCUGUGCGAACACUAAAAAUGCCACUGUGAACCUUCAAUUACGCCGUAUUACCGUAGUGUUCGUGUGGGACACGCGGCAGAGAAAUAUCUAUCCACUCAACAUUCCCAGAGACGCCUUCUAAAUAUCCGACGUCCUUCGCUAGUAGCUUGAACAAAUAAACUACAAGCUUUCUUCCAUUUCCAACUGAGUUUCCUUUGAGAGCCAAUCUACUGGCUGUGGAUGAGUUCCCGACAUGACUCGUCUGGUGUGAAAACGAUCUGCUUUACAUUGAAGUGCCUCUAUUCGAACUGAUUCAAAAAUUAGAUUGCUGUAUAUGAGUAGAUAUUUGACAAAAUUAAUACACUCUAUAUUCUAAAAGGUCUCUCGUCGUCGUGAAGUCUUGAAAGUAUUUCUUAAAUGCCGCCGCGUGAUAAUGCCUGCGUAACCCAACGCACACCGCGUCCUGUUCACAAUAAUUUCAUUUUUAUGAAGCUAGUUGUAAGAUACUGUAGCUGUUAUUUCCCCCGCAUCGUAGGAAUAUAAUUACUUGUAUCUGAAGACUAGGCCUCAGUGCAUGAGCAGCACUAUGCUCGGACAACGAAAAAGGGGAAAUACCCUCUGUCCUGCCAUACAAUGCAGUACGAGCCGGUGCACGUUCUUUCACUGGCGGUCAAGCAUGGUAGUCAGUACAUAUUGACUGUCAGCUCUCAGUAUAAUUAUUAUCUUGAUAGAUCCUACCCAGCUGUGUACAAUGUAUUACUUCAAGUGUGUGUGUACAACAUGAAUACAGAGUGUGUAUGGCAUGAAUAUAUCUUUACCCUGCAUAUAAAGCUAUUAUCUGCAGCCUAUAAACUUUGAGAUAAAUUCACUGAGGCGUAUUUGCUUUCUAAUUACUAUCUCUGGACUUUUCCCGGACUGAAAGGGCCGGAACAGGA